AUGGUAAAUGAUUGGAAUGAAUUAGUGGAAAAGUAUGAAACGAUAAAAAGGAGGAAGAAAAAGGAAAGAGAAAAUGAGGAAGAAGGAGAGAAUAAAAUAAAUGAAAAGGAAAGGCAAGAGAAAGAUAAUGAUGAUGUUGAUGAUGAUGAUGAUGAUGGUGAUGAUGAUUAG